AUGGCCAUGAGGGUUUCGAAUCGCCGGGUGCUGGCCUCGGCAUUGAGCUCCAGCAGGAAUACCCUCGUCCGUCGCAAUGAGGCGAAUGUGCGGUGCUUCACCUCGACCCGCAGUGCCCGAGAGGUUUAUGUCUCUCCAGACCAGCCAAGAACGCGAGCAUUUCCGCGAACACCAGACCCUCCAGCAGGAAUUCAUGCGAAGCUCGUCAAUCCCGCCGACAAGUAUGCGGCGAAGGCUGACGACUUGCACAAAUACGGACAGUGGCUCAUGGGCUGUUUGCCAAAAUACAUCCAGCAGUUCUCUGUGUGGAAGGACGAGCUGGUUAUCUACAUCCCUCCAUCUGGCGUGAUUCCGGUGUUUUCAUUCCUUAAAUAUAAUACCUCUGCCGAGUUUACGCAAGUCUCUGACAUCACUGCGGUCGACUUCCCUACCCGAGACCAGCGAUUCGAGGUCGUGUAUAACAUGCUGAGCGUCCGCCAUAACUCCCGAAUCCGCGUCAAGACAUACGCAGACGAAGCAUCCCCAGUGCCUAGCAUCACAAGUCUGUAUGACGGCGCGAAUUGGUUCGAGCGAGAGGUCUAUGAUCUCUUUGGCGUCUUUUUCGUCGACCACCCAGAUCUGCGACGUAUCAUGACCGAUUACGGUUUCGAUGGCCAUCCAUUGCGGAAAGAUUUCCCUCUGACGGGAUAUACGGAGCUUCGGUAUGACGAAGAGAAGAAGCGGAUUGUUGUCGAGCCAUUGGAGCUGACUCAGGCGUUCCGGAACUUCGAGGGUGGAAGCGCGGCGUGGGAGCAAGUUGGACCUGGUGUCGACAGAAAGCCAGAUACGUUCAAGUUGCCAACGCCGAAACCAGAAGAAAAGAAGGAAGAACCCAAAAAAUAG